CUUUAGUGCUGUCGGCUGUGGGCUACAAUGUAGUGUGGGCAGGAUCGUUGUCCCACAGCUGUAACGGCUCACAAACGAACGAUUUGGCUGGCGCGCGAAGUGUGACGCGAGCAAUGCGGCUUUUUAGGCACGGCUGUGAGGCUAGCGGCCUGUAAGACACUAGCAAGCGCUUUGUGGAAACGCGUGUCGCGCUUACACAUUGGCCACUUUAGCUCUUGUCGCACAGAAGCAACUCACCGAUCCACGCGCAGCCAACAGCCUCGAAAAACGGCAUUCAACCGCGCUACGGGCCGCAAAAAUCAACGCGUAUCGAGCUUGGGCCUACCCUGCAGCCAAUUUCGCACGUCGUUGACCCACAAAAAUACGCGCGGCGUGAUAAACCUCGAAAACAAAGCAGCGAACCGCUGCAAAGCACAAAAAUGGCGCCGCAAAAGCAGCUCUCCGUCGUCGUCCCGACCUACGACGAGACGGACAACCUACGACCGCUGACGGAACGGCUGUUCAAAGCAGCCCGCGCCGCGGGUCUAGACUGCGACCUCCUCUUCGCCGACGACGAGUCGCGCGGCUCCGGCGCGUCGCAAAGCAUCGUCCAACAGCUGCGGAAGGAGGGUUUUGACGUGCGCCUCGAGACGCGCGCGCGCAGCCAAGGCCGGGGCCUCUCCUCGGCCGUACUGCUGGGCUUCGCGCGCGCGAAAUAUGAUACUGUGCUCUGUAUGGACGCCGACCUCCAGCACGAGCCCGAGUCCGUGCCGAGCGUCGCGGCGCCCGUCCUCGCAGGACGGGCGGACUUCAGCGUCGGCUCUCGACAUGUGGGCGGCGGCGGCGUCGGCUUCGAAUGGAAUGUGGUGAGAGUCAUCAUUUCCGCGGGCGCGACGCUCCUCGCGCGGCCUUUGUGUACGUCGACGGACCCCAUGAGCGGCUUCUUCUGCACUUCCAAAAAAGUACUGGCGAAGGGCGAGCCACGGCCGCUGGGCUUCAAGGUCGGCCUGGAGGUGAUGGUCCGCUGCCGGUGCACUUCGGUGGAAGACGUGCCCAUCACGUUUCGCGAGCGGACGGCGGGCGAGUCGAAGCUCAGCGCGAAACAGAAUGUCGAGUACCUCCAGCAGCUCGCGGGGCUCUACUGGUUCGCGCUGCGGUACGAGGUCCUCGCGGUGCUUUUUGUCUUGGUGGUUCUGGUUGCGUACGUCGCGUCAUUGGUAUUCUAAGUGUUUUUAGCUUUACUUGGGGCUUCGAGGAGGAGCGGAUUGAAAAAUCGGCGAAAACCCGUUUGCUACCAUGGAUUUUUGUGCGCCUACGUGAUUGCUGCACGUGCAGCGUCACAAGCGGCGAAUUAUCUAAAAUUGCGGCCAAGGGCUAUUGUGGUGCGGUAGAAUGUAGCACGCGAGGUCUACGGCGUGAUCUCGCGACGCAAGCACGCCUGAAAAGAGCAGCGGCUAGGGCAUCGGCGCGCCGUGUCUGUCGAGGCCACGCCGUCGCCGCUCUGCGUCGAAACCAAUAUUUCGCCCCACGGACUUCUCUUCUUCAAUGGACUCUGGCAACGUUACAUUUCAUCAAGGUGCGUGGUUUUUCCUACUAGUUUUCUGCAGCGCCGAGCCGAGCAACGCCGAGUCUUUGCUCUACCGUGCGUACAUCCUCGCGCCGGCCGCCAGUGCAUCGCCCUAACCAAACGAAAAGCGUGUCGUGCGUCGUUGCUGUGGGCGAAACGCCGACGAGGUGGCGCUGUUUGGAGCAACCUGACGAGCACUAAGGCUGUAGAGUCUAAGACAAAGCUAAAGCUAAA